AUUGGGUACUAGUGGAAGUAAAAUUGUGGAUAAAUUUAUUACUAAUAAUUCUUUAAAAUGGAUCCCUUAUGAUAAAUUUAAGAAUAUUAAAUAUCUUAAUAAAGAAGGAUUGGGUACUAUAUAUAAAGCUAUAUAUGAAGAUGUUGAAGUAAUUCUUAAAUAUGUUGAUUAUUUUAAUAGUUCAGAUGAAAGUUUAAAUGAAUUUUUAAAUGAAUGGAAAAUUAUUAAUUUUUCAGAUAGAAUUAUUAGAAUAUAUGGAUUUACAAAAGAUCCAGAUACUUUGAAUUAUAUAUUAAUAAUGGAAUAUACAAAUAAGGGUAAUUUAAGAAGAUGUUUAACAGAAAUGACAAAAAGUUGGGUACAAAAAUUAUUUAAUCUAUAUCAAAUUAUUGUGGGCCUUAAUGAUAUUCAUAAAGAAAAUCUUAUUCAUUAUAACUUUCAUGAUGGUAAUAUUUUAUGUGAUGAAUAUGCGUAUAUACAUAUUUAUAUUAGUGAUUAUUUAGGAUUAUAUCAACUUGCAAAUUCUUUUUUAAAUGAAUAUAAUAUUUAUGGAGUUUUACCAUUUAUAGCACCUGAAAUUUUAAGAGGUCAACCUUAUACUCAAGCUAGUGAUAUAUAUAGUUUUUCUAUAAUUAUGUGGGAAUUUACAUCUGAAAUUCCACCAUUUAAUGAUACAGCACAUGAUUUUCAACUUGCUUUAAGUAUUUGUAAAGGUAAACGUCCUGAAAUUAUUAAAAAUACUCCACAAUGUUAUGUAGAUUUGAUGAAAAAAUGUUGGGAUGAAGAUCCAUUAAAAAGGCCAUCAUCUGAAGAAGUUUUAGAUAUUAUUAAAAAUUGGAUUUUUCUUUCUGAAAAUAA